GCAGCGGCAGCCGCAGCAACGGCGCCGCUAUGGCAACGCGUCCUUCCUGGAACGGUCUCCAUGGCUACCAGCGCUUCCGGGAAGUGCGCCGCCUUUCCUUUCCCCAUCCCGCCCGCCAGAGAAGCCUCUGUAGCAGCCUGACGAAAGCGGCCCUUUCGAAAGCGGCCGGCUUUAGGCGGGAACUACGUAGGGCGGAGGCCCGAGAGGAGGAGGAGGAGAAGGAGGCUGCGGUGGUGGUCGCGGGUGAGGGAGGGGGACGGGAGCGGCUACGAUCGCCGCUCGGCUCUUUCCGGCUUUGCUCGGCUCCGCUCGACCCUCCCCGGCUGCUUUCGGGCGGCUCAGCCCUCCGCCUUCCCAUGUCGGACGUGCUGGCCGCCGCCGCCGCCGUGGGCACCCGCUUCGAACCCUCCGCGGCCAACGGCUUGGGAGGAGGAGGCGGGGACGGCGGCGGCGACAGUUGCCCCGCUGGCGGGGCUGGAGACGACGAGAAGAAACCGCGCCUCACGCCUCCGCUGCCGCCUUCCUCAGAGAAUGAAGAUUCAGAUCAAAGACCGGAAUCUACUUUCCAGGCAGCUGCCACAUCUGAAAAUGAUGCCUUGCAGUGCAGGCUGCAGAGUGGGUCACCUGUGAAUGCAGAAGCUACAAAGGAUUGUGGAAGUGCUGACGAUGGUCUGAAAGAGCAAGAUGUAGAAGGAAAGGAAGAGAUCCUAACUGAUCAACAUCAGCACCCAAAAGAGGAGGCUGUAGUGCGGAUGACAAAGUAUCCUGACCCACAAGGACCAGGUGAUAUAGUCAUGAUACAGUCUGAAUACACAGGAGCAGUAGAUGUCCUCACAGCAGAGCUGGAAACUACAGAUUUACUGGGUGAGCAGAAGAAAGCUCGUCCUCCACCUCUAAUUCCCCCCACUACUUGGACAAGCGCCAAGAUAAGGGAGUUCAAAACAAAGAUGACAAAGGAGAAGAAUGCCCGAAUGGUAGUGAAACGGGGUGAGGUGUUAACAGUCCGGGUGCCAACUCACCCUGAUGGGAAGCGUGUCUGCUGGGAGUUUGCCACAGAAGAUUAUGACAUUGGCUUUGGAGUCUAUUUUGAUUGGACUUCUGUUACUAGCACUGCAAUUACUGUGCAAGUUAGUGAAUCAAGUGAUGAAGAUGAUGAUGAUGAAGAGUUUGAAGGACCUAUUCCAGUUGGUGAUGUGGAAAGAGGCUCCAGAAGCUAUUUGCGAACCCGUUAUGGGGAGAUCAUGCCUGUCUACCGAAGGGAUAGCCACCGGGAAGUGCAAGUAGGCAGCCACGAUUAUCCAGGCGAGGGCAUCUACUUGCUCAAAUUUGACAAUUCAUACUCACUCCUACGCAACAAGAUUCUCUUCUUCCAUGUCUAUUAUACCAGCUAGAGCAGUUAAUGAGAUUUGGAGUGGGUGGGCCAUAAGACACCAAAGCAAGCUGCCUGUCAUGACUAGUAUCUCCUAACAGGCACACAUUUGAUGGCUGAAUCUCUAUGCUUAUGUAUGGAUGACUUCCUUCAACCCUUCCUCACUGUUAAAGUGAUGCACGUGAUUAUUGGCAGCUCAUUUGUUUUAUGCAGACACCAAUCUGAGAGCUUAGUUAUAGAAAGCAAAUCACUGGACCAGGUUCAGGUGUCUGCUUUUACGUUCUAUUGCACUUCCAUGAACUGAAGUUGAAAUAUGCCUUUUCUUUUGGGGUAAAUAUAUUAUCAGCUUCUACUCCUCUAUCUGCAAAUAAUCACUGGGAUCAGCUGCCAAAGCAGCCUGUAGAAACUGCAUUGUUACUAUGCUGCAGUGCACUGCCAUUUGCUUGGUCUCUGGGAAGCUUCUGAAAUGGCACGUAUGUAUGCCAUCCAGGCCAUUGCCAGCCUGUCUUCUCUCUUCUAGUUCCGUGCAAAUGUAGCUAGUUUAUCGUAAGGCAAAAUUGGUGUGUAUUUGCUGGUAUAGAUACCUGGAUUUCACAGCUUGUCUGAAAGAAUUUUAAGUUACAUGUAUUUUCUCUCAGAAAGGGCACAAAAUGGGAGAAGGAAGAAGGAAGCAUAAACCAAAUAAUUCUAGUCAAGCAAUUCACCAAACAAAGAUUCUUCCUCCUCCAGACCUUUUGGGGCUAAUGUUAUUUUCAUUGGUUGACUUUUUGCCUGAAUUCAGUGUAGCUUAAGAUAGGGGUAUCAAACCCAAAAUGGGCUGGUGUGUCAAUUUAUUCCAACAAGUGGAUUCAUUUUAAAAAAAGUCACUUUCACUGGAAGCAAAAUAUGAUAAUGUAGUUUGCAUAUGAUAAUAUAGUUAUGCUUGUUCAUAUUUGCUGUGCCGUGCCUGUGCACUCCACCAAUAAGCACUCCAAGCUACAAGAAGGCCAUUGUGCACAGUCAUAUGAGUACACAGCAUCCCUUUCCAUCCCAGUGAUGGAAAACUGAGCCAUGCAGUAGCAUUUAUUGGCAAGUGAGGUCCUUUAUUCUGGGCAUCAACGUCUUCGCCCUCAUGAUAUUGUGUAGUGUGUUCUAUAAUGCACAUAAGGGAUUUUCCUCAGCCUUAUUUUUGACACCUCUAGUUUAAUAUCUCAGGUGUUAGUUGGUAAGAGAGCCUCUUUCCUUGCAUUCAGGCUUCGGAGGCCAUUGCCAGUCUUUAAUACAGCAUAAGCGGCACAGAUAACUGUUACAUUUCAGAGGAGUGGCAUCACCUAUCGUUCAUCACCUAUCGUUCACAGCUCAGGUUUUAUAGGGUAUAUAUGUGUAGGUCAUAUAGUCCUUUCUGCAGCAAAGGACUAAUACAUGUAUUUAUCAGGAUUUCAGAAGCAACUCUGGAGUAUGCCUUUUAAAACAGCGGCUGCUGAUGUUUAUCUCUUGUGUUUGCUUGGCUCUUUGCAUGAUUGCAGCAAACAGUUAUAGUAUGAAGGAUACACACACAUUUUGGUGACCUUUUGAGGAAAUGCCCUUGAUCAUAUAUACAGCUAUCUUUUGCUGAUAGUUUAGUACUAGAAGGUGCAAUGCCAAAGAAUCUAUCUUCCAAACAGACAUGAUGGUUCUCUAACUAUGCCAUAUUAAGUACUUUGCCAAGGAAGGGAAAGUUGCAAAGCAAAUAAGGUAGCAGGAGACUAUUGGUUCCAUUGAACUUUUUUUUAAAAAAGUUAAAGACUUGGAGUGAAAACCUAAGUCUUUUAAUUGUUGGUAGUGAGGCCUGGCAAACAAGGGCUCCUGCUAACUUUAAAAGUGGAAGUCAGGUGUAGUUGCUCCUAGGCAUUUUGUUUUUAUUUGCAGUGAGAAUGGAGAAAUUAGUGGCUGAUUCCAGGCCAAUAAGUGAGAAGCACAGAGUUUGCAAAGCACAGGACUUGCAAGAAGCAAACUUUGGGCUUAUCUUUCUGCAAAUCAAUUGGAGGGGAAGAGAAUGAGAGGCAAUCCAGUAGCAACGCAAAUUGAUUAUUUGGCUUAAAGGACAGUAUGUGUAUUUAUUUUUCUAUAAAUAUCCUGAACAGCAGCUGCUGUAUUUUUGAAAAGCCAGAAACAGGAGCUCCCUUGUGUCUCACAGUUGCACAGGCCAUGGUUAGCUUUAAAGACUCUCUUCCCUCUGAAUGUUUUUAAACACUGUUGUUCAUUAUUGUUCAAAGCAUUUUCCCUGUGAAAGUUAAUUUCUUGACUUCCCACAUUUUACAGAACACACAGAGUCUGCUAAAUAUGUCCAAUACAAGGGCUCUUAUUUUGGUAUAGACAGGUAAAAUGAUAGGUAUUUGCCUUACCUAGGGUUCUGCUUGAAGAGCAGACUAUAAAGACAGAUUGUGUGAAUCAAGUACAGUAUGCAAGUUUGAGUUUGUUUGUUACAGAGUUCUCUGCUUUUUAUCACACAAGUAAUAUGAAAAUCUCUGUUCAGCACAAUAAAUUUGUCUUUGUUCUUUAGCCCAUGCCUGCUAGAGGUGUGUUUGCUCAUGUUAAUUGCUACUUAAGUUGUACUGCAUGUUCUACCUAUAAAUAUAGGAGGCAAUGUCUCCUUCCUGGCUGGAAAUAGCUCACUCUGGGAAAGAGAACAGAAGUUGAAAUUAAGAUUUAAUAACCUAAACUGCAGUAGAUUCAACUUGAGCAAAGGCCUUACAUGUUCUCCUCUCUACAGUCUGUUUAAUAACACAUUGGUUUCAGUGCUGCUCUUGUUGAUUAAAUCAGUUUAAAAUUGGUCUUUUGCCAACACACAUACAAAUGUAAUGUACUUUUUGAAACCAUGUUUGAAGAUAAAUACACACACACCACAUGCCUUUCCAAAUACUGACGGGACUUAGAACUGUUCAGCUAUAGAGAUACAGCCAGGGCACAAUGUGUUUAUGGUUGUCCUAUUUUCACAUCAUGAAAUCUGGAUCUCUUUCUUGGAUCACAGACCUAAAAUCCCUGGAGAACUAUCAUCUUGGCAUCUAAAGAGUUAUGUGGGAGAUAGCACAGGGAAAAUGCACAUACUUGUCUGGGAUUGAUACAUGUAAUUUUUAAAGCAUUUUUUGAGAUAGAAUCGAAAACCAGUUUCAGGCAUUAGGACAGAUCAGCUAUGAUUUCAGAUCAGGGGCCAAAGGGAUCGAAAUUUUCUAAAAUAAUUUUGAGGACCUCAUCAAUAUGGUGUAACAACACACUUGAAGUACUUUGAUCCCUGCUCCAUUUGUUCUGUGUGAUGUUUUUGAAGCAACUGAAUCCUUCAGCAAUUUGUUGUUUCAAAUUGAGAGAAUAUUUUAUAAUCAUCAUCAAUCUUCCCUUAUGUACUUUAUUUUUACUUCAGCACUUUCAUAGGCAAGUGUAGAAUUGGCAUGACUGAAUUAAUUUGGAAAAUUUGUAGCCCUGUUCCAUUGUAUGAUCUCUGUGGUUGGGGACUUGCUAGCUUCUGAAAGGCUUAUUUUGCUUUUGUGUUUUUCAGUUCUUUACAGCCCAGUUUCUGCUUAUUUUGCUUCUGCCUCUUACAAAAAAAAAAUUCUCUGAGAAUCUUCAAGUGAGAGGAAAGCUUAUUAGAAUAUAAAAACAAAACAACAACCCUUCAUGUUCUUCCCAAGAGUCUGUCUGGUCAGUAUCCUGUUUUCAACAGUGACCUUAUCCAGAUGCUUCUUGAAAGCCCCAAGCAGAGGAUGAAAGCAACAGCCCUCUCACACUGUUUGCCUCUGCGCAGACUGCACCAUUUAGCUAGUUGAUAGCUCUGUCCUUCCAUUUGCCUAAUACCCUUUUAAUGCCUUUUAAAGUAGUAAAUUACAUAAAUCAAGUAUAUUGGUAUACCAUUUCUUUUUUGUUUUUUUCAUCAAGCCCGUAGUUUCCUUUCUCCUUUCUGCUGCAAGAAGCAUGUUAAACAGGUCAUCAUCUGGGGCUAAUCAAUUUUACAUCCCUUUGUGCUGCUUUGGGAAAGUAGCCUUAUCUCCUUAACCAGGAUGCAGUUGCCAGGAAAUGAUAAAGAAAAAGUUGUGUGAUGUAAAGCUAAGGCAUCCAAUCAUGUGUAGAUGAACUCGGUGGGGCUUUUUUCUGAGUAGACAUGUAUAGGAUUGCAUUGUAAAGUCUCCCAUUCCAAGGACUUGUGCCUCAUAAAGCAUAUUUCUGUUACCUUUCCAGAAGGCCUUAAAACAUUUUACAGAUAAAACUGAGGUAAGCAUAGCUAACAAUGUAGUUGUGGUUAAUUUACAGAAGAGAGAUGAUUUCAUCCCCAAGGAUAUUCCUAUAUACUUUAUUUGGACCAGGAAACAGCAUCAAUCUAUAGUUAUUCAUCCCCUAUCAGCACCAAGACCAAACUCCAUGCAGUGGCUGUGCAUCUUGCAUUUUAUGUUGAUGUCUUUGAGUGAUUAGUGGAAUGACUUUUCAUGGUGGUCAUUUUUUAUUUGUUGAUUUGCUCGCCACUGUGGACAAGGAUUACCUUCUACCAGGCAAGUCUUUGUGUUUGUUUAAACAUAUUCUUAGAUGCGCAGGCUAAAAAUACUGAGCCAUCAUAAGUGGAAAGCAUGAUAAAGUGUGGGAACUCCUGAUCUUGAUCAAAGGCAGUUUGUGUAGUUUAAACAAACACACCUGUACAAUAACUCUGUUGCUAUUUUCUUGUGUCAUCAGAUAUAGUGGAUCAAUGAAGUUUAUUGGGUUUAAAUGUAUGACCCUGUUCAAAGAAACCUGUGAACUGAAUAAUACACACACUUGGUUCAAUCCUAAGGCAAUACACCUACAAAUAAGAGUUUACAGAUGCUGACUGGUUCUUGUGAGAUAUAUUUCUGAAUAAACAUGGCAAGAAUUGGAUUACAUGAAAGUGUAAAACUGCUACUUUAGAACAGUGGCAUACAACGUAAUGGCUAAAUUCCAAAGGGCUUGCAUUAGCCCAAUAGCGAAUUCUUGUACUCCAAAGCCCAGUACCACAUCAAACCAUUUCCUAUGAAGAUGCCUUAUUUGAAGUUAUUUAUUAUUAUUUAUUAAAUUUCUAUAUCACCCUUCAUCGGAAGAUCACAUGGUGGUUUACAAUACAAAACCACAAAAAUGCAUAACAUAAUACCAAACACAAGCAAUACCCCCUGCCUGUUUUAAAUGCUAUAGAUUGUUUAAUUAGCCAAAGGCCUAGGAGAAGAGGAAUGUUUUUGUCUGGUGCCUAAAGAGAUGUAACAAGUGAACCAGAUGUGCCUCCCUGGGGAGUAUCCCACAAGUGGGGGCUACUGCAGAAAAGGCCCAUUCUUGUGUUGUUGCCUUUGGACCUCUCACACAAGAAGGGCCUCAGAUGACGAACGAAGGCUUCAGGUUGGUUCAUAUGGGGAAGAGGUGAUUCUUGAAGGCUUUAUAGGUCAAAACAAGCACUUUUGAAUUGGGUCCGGAAACUAAUUGGCAUCGAGUGUGGUUGGGCCAGGAUGGGCAUAUGCGCAAACUGUCUUCCCUUGGUGGGCAACCUGGCUGCUGAAUUCGGCACCACCUGAAGUUUCCAAACUGUCUUCAGAGGCAGCUCCAUGUAUAAUGUGUUGCAGUAAUCUAACCUAGAGGAUCCCAAAGCAUAGACAACAGAAUUUAGGCUAUCCCUGUCCAGAUAGGAGUGCAGUACAGUCCCAUCAGAAUGAUGCUGAUUUCCUGAGGUACUGAGCAAGGGGCUUUCCCAUUCCUGUUGUAUGCUAUCCUUUGAGCUGACAAGAGACUGAUGGCUUCUCCCAAAUAUGUAGGACCCCACUACCACCCAAGUGGCUUGGCAGAACAGAAUGGGUCACUGCUGUUCAAGAAGCACAUGUCCAAUGCCCUCUGGGAUGUGUUGGGGCCUGGGCAAUAAUGAAAAAGAGAGACGUGGCUGAAAUAAUUAAAAUCACAAAACAAGUGGGUUGAUGAUAUAUUUGACCAGCUUAUGUUCAAAUUGCUGGAAGUAAGCUUUUGAAUUGCACAAACCUCUCCUUCCGUAGUAGAUGUUGAAAUAAAAAAAUAAAACAAAUGAUCCUAUAUUUUUAUGUCAGCUGAGCUGUGCUUUGAAAUAAAGUGCAUUUUAAAACACGUAGUUGAAAUACUUGGGCCAGAUUUUAAUAAGCAGUUCAGCCAACAGGAGCCAGUGCAACAAGUCCUGCUAGUGCAACAGAGCUUUUCUCCUCUCCUCCCCCUGCAUAUGUUCCCCAACAUAAUAGCACGCAGGGGAAGAAGCAGGGAGGUUGUUUCAUCUGGCAAGCAGAAAUGCUUGCACUGAUGGAAUGAUCAUAAUAGCGCAGUGCUGAAUUCCUUCCAUGGUUGUUUUUGCUUUGAACCCUUAAGCCUAGGCCUGAGUCAAACUUCUAAGAAGCUCCCUUGUAGCAUUUUAAACAAACUUGGUAUAAGCAGCUAAGGUGUUGCCUCACUUGCUCUCUGUUUCACCAUUAAUCAUCAAUGGGCUGACUCUUGGGCAAGUUGUAGGAUACCUAGAGAGGCUGAACUUUAUUGAACAUAGCAAACUGUACUCCAAGGUGUUAACAGUAGCCUAUACUCAAACAUUGUGGCUAAGACAAAAGGAACAGACUAUCUGGAGUUAUCAACCUCUAGCUGCAACAACAUGCCCUCUAGUCAGAACACCACCAUGGUACACCAUUUCUGUAGAUUGUAGGAUUUCUGUCAGUGAUUUAUGAUCCAUGUGAUAUUAUUUUUGUUUCUUAAUCAUUAAUUUUGUGCACAAAUAUGCUGCUCACAUCCUCCCAAGCAUUCACCCCCCCAAAAAAUUGAGAGGAUAUUUUAUUAAGCUAUGUCACUGACUCGUACUGGCGAGAUAAAGUUUUUCUAGUGUGUUUGCUGUUCCUUGUAGAACUUGGUUAAUGUAUGUUUCAUUGCAUGAAGUAAACCUGUGACUUGUGUGUUUGCAUUUUUCAAAAAAUAUUUCAAUAAACAUUUUCAUCAUACA